AUGCAAGAGCAAAACACACAAGCACCAAAUUUUAAUGUACAAAGAAAAAACACAGAAGAACAGAAUGUGCAAGAACAGAUCACAACAGAACAGAAUACGCAAACACUGAAUGCACAAGGACAGGACAAAAAAAUAAUCGAUCACCCAACUGGACAAGGAAACAAUGAGCAAUCUUUCUCAACAGUAUAUGCUACACCACAUAAAUCUGUUAUAACGAAUUCACCAGUGUCGUAUCAUUCAACCUCUACAACAUUACCAAAAGACUGGGUAAUACCGUCACCUUUAAAAGGUGUCUUAUUUUGGCCCAAACCUGGAACUAAGAAGCGACGUAUCAAGGAACUUGUACCGUCAGCUAUAACUAGUGAAACUUAA